AUGGUGAGCUCCUCGGCAACACCAUUUUUGAAUCCUGGAAAUCCUCCUCGCAACACACUAAACGAUCUGAUUAUGUCUAAGGUGGCUCUGCCAUUCCAGCAAAUGAUGAAACGUGCUAGUCGUACUGAUCAACCCAGUGACAGCGAUAGUCAAGGUGAGAUUUUUUCUUACAAUAGACAAUUCGGAAUCCAGAUACUUAAGCCACCAAGCAUGUAUCAUGCAACUGCCGCCUUUCACUUCUUAGAUCACGCAUCUCACCUUGCUGGGCUCUAGCA